AUGGCAGACUCACCACUUGCACCUGCACCUUCUUCCCCGGCCGACGACGGAACCUCUUCUCCGAUGGAAAGCCUUCUGGGUUUGCUCCGCAUCCGAAUCAAACGCGGCGUCAACCUCGCCGUCCGCGAUGUUCGCAGCAGCGACCCUUACUGCGUCGUCAAAAUGGGCAAGCAGAAACUGAAGACUAGUGUGAUAAAGAAGGAUGUGAAUCCUGAGUGGAAUGAAGAUUUAACUCUGUCUGUUACUGACCCGGAUCUUCCAGUCAAGUUGACUGUUUAUGACUAUGACACAUUCAGCUUAGAUGACAAAAUGGGGGAGGCAGAAUUCGACAUCAAACCGUUCAUGGAUGCAUUAAAGAUGGAUGUGUCAGGCCUACCAAACGGCACCAUCAUCACAAAAAUACACCCCAACAGGUCAAACUGCUUGGCGGACGAGACCUGCAUUACCUGUGUUGAUGGCAAAGUUCUUCAAGAUAUGUGCCUCCGAUUGAAAAACGUGGAAUGUGGUGAAGUUGAGCUCCAGUUGCAGUGGAUUGACCUCCCACAUGGAAAAGGCUUUUAA